AUGGUGGAUAAAAUCGCCUCUUUGGGACGCAUGCUGCUGAGGCGACGUGUUUUGGACUUUUCAGAUGAGGAGACACGUUUUGCCCGCUGCCUGUCCACUUUGGAUCUGGUGGCAUUGGGUGUGGGCUCAACGCUUGGAGCUGGAGUCUAUGUCUUGGCUGGGGAGGUGGCCAGGGAGAAAGCCGGCCCUGCUAUUGUCCUUUGCUUUCUGAUUGCAGCUCUCUCGUCCAUGCUGGCAGGACUCUGCUAUGCAGAAUUUGGGGCCAGAGUCCCCAAGACGGGUUCUGCUUACCUGUACAGCUACGUAACAGUGGGGGAAAUCUGGGCCUUUAUCACCGGCUGGAAUCUCAUUCUGUCCUAUGUUAUUGGUACUGCCAGUGUGGCACGAGCAUGGAGUUCUACCUUUGAUAAUCUGGUAGAGCAGAGGAUCUCCAGCUUCUUUAGGUCCAGCAUGGCAAUGAAAGUUCCAGGCAAUGUGCUCGCUGAAUACCCAGACCUGUUUGCCCUUGGUCUAAUUCUUCUCUUGACAGGUCUGCUUGCAUUUGGUGUAAGUGAGUCUGCACUGGUUAACAAAAUCUUCACUGGAAUCAACUUGGUGGUGCUGGGCUUUGUUAUUAUUGCUGGCUUUGUGAAGGGCAAUACAGCAAACUGGAACCUCACUUACGAAAACUUUAUCAAUGAUACCAACAUCACAACAUUACAUGAGACGGAGAAAUUUUUUGGCAGUGGUGGUUUUGCACCAUUUGGCUUCAGUGGUGUUCUGUCUGGUGCUGCCACCUGUUUCUAUGCCUUUGUUGGUUUUGACUGCAUUGCUACUACAAGUGAGGAAGCCAAGAACCCAAUGCGUUCCAUCCCUGUGGGAAUUGUUGUCUCUUUGCUUAUCUGCUUUUUUGCUUAUUUUGGUGUGUCAGCUGCACUUACCCUCAUGAUGCCUUAUUACAAACUCAAUACCCAGAGUCCUUUGCCUGAGGCCUUUAGCUAUGUGGGCUGGGCUCCAGCACGCUAUAUAGUUGCUGUGGGCUCACUAUGUGCUCUUUCCACCAGUCUGUUGGGCUCUAUGUUUCCCAUGCCACGUGUGAUCUAUGCCAUGGCAGAGGAUGGGUUGCUAUUCCGUGCCCUUUCCAGAAUGAAUGAGCGAACCAAAACCCCCCUGCUAGCCACUGUGGUGUCCGGCAUUGUAGCUGCGCUCAUGGCUUUUCUGUUUGACCUGGCUGCUCUGGUUGACCUUAUGUCUAUUGGGACGUUGCUAGCCUACUCUUUAGUGGCUGUGUGUGUUCUCAUACUCAGGUACCAGCCCGGCACUCUGAAUUCCUCCAGUCAGACAGAGAAGCUGGUGGAGCUGGUUGGAGGUGAAAAGGUGCCUGUGACAAGAGACAGCGGAGAUGAUUACGGUCUGGAGGAUCAUCGGACCAGGGAAAAGUUUACGCCUAAACUGCUUUUGGUUCCUUCCAGGGACACCCCAACCAAGAUGUCUGGAACUAUCGUAUACAUCACGACUGCAGUUAUUUCUGUGCUGAUUACUUUGCUGUGUGUGGUACUGGCUGUGUGGCUGGAUGAAUUGUUGUCUGGACAUCCCUUAUGGUUGGCCGUGUGUGCCAUUCUCACAUCACUUUGCUUCUUGUGCGUCAUCAUCAUCUGGAGGCAGCCUGAGAGCAGGGAGGCACUCACCUUUAAGGUGCCUCUGCUGCCCUGGCUGCCUCUCUUCAGUGUCUUUGUCAACAUAUACCUCAUGAUGCAGCUGGAUUUGGCAACAUGGUGCCGCUUUGCUGUCUGGAUGGCUGUCGGCUUCAUGAUCUACUUCUUUUAUGGCAUUUGGAACAGCGCAGAAGCGGCGAAUAGCGCCAAGCGAAAAUAUAAGAGAAAAAAUAAGAGUCCCAUCUACGUAGGAGGUGAUGGUGAGCAUGAAGGGAUCUCUCCCUGAUUAGAGAACAAUUCAUCUUUACCCUGAAGUACCACGAUCACCCCAGUAAUGAGUACACUUUCAGUGUUAUUGAAAGAUC